AUACAUUUGACUUCUUCCGUGUUUACCUGCAGCUGGAGUCUCGCUAAUGGGCGGUAAUUGCUGAAUUGAACAAGUCACAAACGGAGCUACAUAUUUGUGCCCUUCGGUAGAAAAACAAAAACAAACGGGAAAAGAGAAAUGAGCUAAAAUAAGAAGAAAAUUCAAAAAAGUUUCACCGAUUAAAAGGCUUUUGGAGUUUUGGUUUCGUUGAACUCAGCCAAAGUUUUCCAACAUGGGAUGUUGUAGCAGCACCGAGGUCAAACGUGACUGGAAACCGCUGGAGCAGCGCAGCUGCACGGACGUCCCGUGGCUCAUCGUGUUCGCCUUGUUUUGUUUCGGCAUGGUGUGCAUUUGUGUCUUUCCCAUCGCCACAGGAGCUGCGUCCAGGCUUAUCUCUGGAUACGACAGUUAUGGCAACACGUGUGGCAAGAAUAACUCCAAGGUCGAGGGAGUACCCCUCAGUGGGCAGGACAUGAGGGAAAAUAGGUAUGUUUUCUUUCUAGACCCAUGCAACCUUGACUUAAUUAACAGGAAGAUCAAGUCCAUCGCUCUGUGUGUCUCCAAAUGCCCCGCUGCUGAGCUGAUGACUCUCAGUGAUGUGAAGCAGUUUGCUCUGAAAAACGGAUCUCAUCUCUGCGCUUAUGAUAUUUCCCCUACAAGAUACACAAACCAUCGAGACGUAUCCACCAAAUGUCCCAAACUCCCUGUUCCUCCAAGUAAGCCAGUCCCACUGUUGCACCGCUGCGUUCCUGUGGACGUCGGCUGCUAUGCGGAAUUCGCCGAGACGUUCAUCAAAUUCGUCGGUGACAACAGCGUGCUGCGCCGGGUCAUCGCCGGGGUGUUGGCCAGCAAGGAGAUCAUAAUGGGCCUCUGCGUGCUGGCUUUAGUUCUGUCCCUGAUCAUGAUGGUGGUCAUCCGCUACAUCUCCAUGGUACUGGUGUGGAUCAUAACGGUCCUGGUGGUCAUCGGCUCCAUAGGUGAGACAGGCUUCUUCUGUGUCUUUUACACGGACCACAAGAAGGCCUUCGCCCAGAGCAGCUUUUCAGUUUUUGAGAAAGAAGUGGCCUCGGACACCGCCAAGCCCCUGCGGGUGUACCCCAUUUUUGUUACGGUGUCCCCGGUGGUUCUGCUGCUUGUGAUGUUCUUCAUGAGGAAGCGGGUGGCCCUCACCAUCUCCCUUUUCCACGUGGCCGGUAAAGUGUUUGUCCACCUCCCUCUGCUGGCCCUGCAGCCUUUCUGGACCUUCGUCUGCCUCAUGCUCUUCUGGAUCUACUGGAUCACUGUGCUUCUGUCUCUCGGAACUUCAGGCACACCAGUGAAAAACAACUCUACGGGUCUUGUUGAAUAUCAAAUGCAGGGGCCUCUUCAGUACUUGGUGUGGUAUCACGCCGUGGGGCUCAUCUGGAUCAAUGAGUUCAUACUUGCCUUCCAGCAGAUGACCAUCGCCGGAGCCGUGGUCACCUACUACUUCACGAGGAAUAAGUCCCAGUUGCCAGCGACCCCCAUCCUCUCCGCCAUGGCGCGGACCGUCCGUUACCAUCUGGGUACUCUGGCCAAAGGCUCCUUCAUCAUCACGCUUGUAAAGAUCCCUCGUCUCAUCCUGAUGUACAUCCACAGCCAGCUCAAAGGAAAGGAGAACGCCUGCGCUCGUUGCAUGCUGAAAGCUUGCAUCUGCUGUCUGUGGUGCCUGGAGAAGUGCCUCGCGUACUUGAAUCAAAACGCUUACACCGCGACGGCCAUCAACAGCACCAGUUUCUGCACCUCGGCCCGCGACGCUUUCCUCAUCCUGGUGGAGAACGCCCUCCGCGUGGCCGCCAUCAACACCGUGGGCGACUUUGUCCUCUUCCUGGGAAAGGUGCUCAUAGUCUCCUGUACGGCUUUCGCCGGCGUCCUGGCUCUGAACUACCAGAGGGACUACACCGUGUGGGUGCUGCCGCUCUUCAUCGUGUGUCUGUUUGCCUUCCUGGUGGCUCACUGCUUCCUGUCGGUCUUUGAGAACGUGGUCGACGUUCUCUUCCUGUGCUUCGCCGUGGACACCAAGUACAACGACGGCAGCCCUGGACACGAGUACUACAUGGACAAGGCGCUAAUGGAAUUUGUUGAGAACAGCAAGAAAAUGGGUUGGUACAAGCCCGGUGAUGGAGAUGGACGGGAGAUGAAGUCCAUGGCAUCUGGAGGGGCGUCUGCUUGACCGAGGGCCAGAAAAAAACGCCAAAACCACUACAAAGACAACCUCCAAAGCAUUCUAACAUUUCACUCCAGGGACAUUCUGAAGUAACAAUGGUCUUUUAUACUGAUACUACCCAGAGUUUAAAUGUACCUGGCGGAAUUUUUGGGGGGAAUAAGAGAUAAGAGUGAUUUUAAUUAAUUAAUUAAUUAAUUAAUUUGACACUAAUAUCUGUAAUAUGGCUAAUUUGGAUGUGGAUGUCAUAUUACUAAUGAUGUGAAUUUCUCUCAUAUUCCAUUUUUGACAUGGUUUUGACAGGGUUCAACAUGUUUGGUCAUCUUUGUUACAUGUUUAGUGUUAGCUAUAGUUUGAGUGGUUUCUUGUACAUUUUUUAAUGAAUGGCUAACAGUGUUUUGGCAAAAGUUGUUCAAGUUGUUUUUUUACUUGUCAAAUUUUAUACUCAAAUAAAUUAAAACAUAUAUUUGGAUGUUUGAUGUAUUUUAACAUAAAAACCCUCCAUAUGUAACAGAAUGUCUCGUGAAAUAGGGACGUCUGUCAAAAUCUUACACAUGAAAACAAAGAAACUAACUAAACUAAAAUAACUCUAACCCUUUAAAAUGGGUAGCUCUCCCCAUAACUGGACAUGUCCUAAAGACGACAUGAUAACACGUAUCUUGAGUAAUUUAUAGCACGAUGUAAACAUAGACUGAAACUAGAACUAAAAUAUUAUUCACAUAAGCAUGUCAUUAUAAUUAUCAGGUCUAAUUACUUAAACAGUCGAAUUUACUCUAUUAAUAGCAUGUUACAAAUACAGUUCUCUCUGUGUUUCCCUCUUUCUCUCUCUCUCUCUCAAUAUAUAAAUAUACCUAUAGAUAUAUAUCUAUAUAUUCUGUUAUAAACGUAUUUUCUCAGGUGCAUUCUCUUUGGAGGGAUGGACAAUUGAGAGUGGUCUUUUACUGUCAGUGGUUAAAAACAAAAAGGCUUUUAGAUUUGAAUGUCUAAUGUGGAAAAAUGUGCCUUUUUCUUCUAAAAGUGUCUUUUAGAAUAUAAUUCUUUAAAGCAUACCGUGCGCUAAUGGUUCAUCAUAACUGGUCAAUACGUCAGUGGUCUGUAUUAUUGUAACACAAGUACAGGUUCUUGAAUCUUUGCAAUUGUUUAAAAACUGUAAAUAAUACAGGUGUGUGAUAGGAAGUGAAA